GUCAUGCAUUAAACAUUCAUUUUAUCCAUUAAACUCAUAAUGGCUUCUUUUGCAACUCUUUUCUCCCUCCUCACAAUAGCCAUUCUCUCAUUUUCUUGUUCAUCACAAUUCAUCUUACCCAUUGAAAAAGACCCAUUAACCAAUCUUUUCUACACCUCAGUUGGCAUUGGAACACCUCAACACAAUUUCAAUCUAGUGAUUGAUAUUGGAGGACCAACUAUAUGGUAUGACUGCAACAAAAACUAUAACUCUUCAACCUACAAUCCCAUCUCUUGUGACUCCAAGCUUUGCCCUAAAUUUAGUGGAUGCACUGGCUGCUCUGGCCCUUUCAAACCAGGUUGCUCAAACAAUACAUGUGCUGCUAACAUAAUUAACCCAUUAGUCAAUGCUAUUUUUGUAGGUGACACUGGCAAUGAUGUUUUGUUCAUAUCACACUCUAAAGUCUCUAACCUACUUUCUGGAUGCACUGAAUCAGAAGUGUUUACAGGUGAAGAUGUUCCUCUUAAAAACUUACCAAAAACUAGUAAAGGGAUAUUAGGCCUUGCAAGAACAAAACUUUCACUACCAAAACAGCUUUCAUCAUCUUCUUCUCAUAAGCUUCCUAACAAAUUUGCUCUUUGUUUACCAUCUUCAAACAAGAAAGGACUUGGUAGCCUCUUCAUUGGUGGGAUACCCCAACAAAGUUCUUUUUUCAAGUUUCAACUCACUAAAAUUCCUCUUGUUAUUAACCCCUUUAGCACUGCUCCAAUAUUUACUAAAGGUGAUGCUUCUUAUGAAUAUUUCAUUGAUGUGAAAUCAAUUAAAGUUGGUGGUGAAAUUCUUAACUUUAAGUCUUCCCUUUUGUCCAUUGACAAUAAGGGAAAUGGUGGGACAAAAAUUAGCACCAUGAAAUCUUUCUCAGUGUUGCAUAGUUCAAUUUAUAGUACUCUUGUUAGAGAUUUUGUGAAGAAGGCUUCUGAUAAAAAAAUAAAGAAAGUGGCAUUAGUGGCACCAUUUGGAGCAUGUUUUGAUUUUAGCACCAUUGGUAGGACUAAUACUGGAUUGGAUGUACCAACUAUUGAUUUGGUUCUACAAGGUGGUGUAGAGUGGACAAUUUACGGUGGAAAUUCAAUGGUGUUGGUGAAUAAAAAGGUAGCAAGUCUUGGAUUUGUGGAUGGUGGUAAAAAGCCAACAACAUCAGUUGUUAUUGGUGGGCACCAAUUGGAGGACAAUCUACUGGAGUUUGAUUUAGUUUCAUCUAAAUUAGGAUUCAGCUCUUCCCUGCUUCUUCAUAAUGCAAGAUGUUCUAAUUCAUAAACUAAUUUCUCUCUUAUUUCAAUUGAGUGAGAUUAUGAGUUUAAUUAACUUUUGUUCUUUCCAUUUCAAUUGAGUUAGGUUAGAUCUAUGGUUGUAACUUUUUCCUUUCUCUUUCUGUCUGAAUUUAAUAAAGUAAAAUGUCACUUAUUAUUGGCUGAGAAUUAAUGAAGUGCAUCCAUUUUUGCUUAA